GGUGGAAUAUGACGGCGGGUUGAAAACCGAUGUGGAGUAUUGUCAACGACACGGGGAGCCUGUGGGAUUCCGAGACGGAAGAGCCAUGGCGGACGAUCGAAGCACCCCCCAGGGUCUUAUCACUCAGGCACAAGUGGUAAGCGAGAAAAUAUUAUUUCUAACAUGAAACAACAUAUGGUGAGAGAAAAUAUAAAAAAAAUAAUGUAAUAUAAUUGAGAUCAUAAAAUCAUUCUCAAGGCUGCUGCUUCAUUUUUAAAUUAAAAAAAAAAAAAAAAAAAUGAGACACUGACACUAAUUUCCCGUUACUAAAUUUGAAUCUUGCUUGUUAACUCGGCUUUGUUUUUAUUUUUAUUUCCCGAAAAAAAAGAAAAAGAUUUCUAUACACUCCCUGCGCGUGUUCAAAAAUAAACCGAAACCCUCCUCCCUUUUCGUAAAACGUACGGAUUUAACUUUUAUGACAAAUUUUCACGAUGCCAGCAAAAUUAAAUAUUUUCAACAAGAAAAAAAGUGUGAAAACAAUUUCAUGAAUUUUGUAUUAUAAUAUUUUUUUUAUUCAAAAUUUGUUUUUAUCUGAUUAAUUAAUAAAAAUCGAUGAAUUAGUUAAAAAUAGUGAAAACAACUGAGGAUAUUGUAAAAAAAAAAAAAAAAAAAAAAAAUAGUGAAAACAAUAGUGAAAUUGAUUGUCUUCUAUACUAUUAUGCAAAUUUUUUUAGCGUUCGUCCGUGGUUAGGUGGUUAGGGUAUCGACUUUAGGGCGCUAGGGUCGUGCGUUCAAUUCCCGGCGCUUGGGAAUUUUUUCUCUUUAAAUCGUUCGUAAUUCAAUUGAUUACGACUUUCGGAAUUAAAAAAAAAUCAUCAGAAUUCGGAAUACGAAGUGCGGAAUUAAAAAAAUCAUCGGAAAUCGGAUUACGAAUUUCGGAAUUAAAAAAAAUCAUUGGAAAUCACAUUACGAAUUAAAAAAAAUCAUCAUCAAAAUUCGGAAUACGAAUUUCGGAUCAAUUAAAUAUCAUCGGAUUACGAAUUUCGGAUCAAUUAAAUAUCAUCGAAAAUCGGAUUACGAAUUUCAGAAUUUAAAAAAAUCAUCGGAAAUCGCAUUACGAAUUAAAAAAAAAUCAUCAAAAUUCGGAAUACGAAUUUCGGAUCAAUAAAAAAUUAUCGUAAAUCGGAUUACGAAUUUCGGAAUUAAAAAAAAAUCAUCCGAAAUCGGAUUUUACGAAUUUUGGGGUUUAAAAAAAAAAGGAAAAUCGAAAAUUGGCAUUGAUCCUGGGGAACAUAUCAGACUUCCUGCGGACGUAUAAUGUGACGAAAAUUGACGAGAUCGAACCGGAUGACAUGAGAAAUAGCACCGGUAAUGCGUACUACGUCCUCCGUGUUUGGAAGGGAGACGAGCGAGGAGGGUGACGACUGACGACUAACUCGACCACUACAUUAUCCAGUAGUAUCGUGCCUACCGCCUACCGGGCCGAAACGUCUCUCGGUUUGAAAUUGCUAACGGUCAAUAUAAUUUAUCGAUCGAAAUCAGAUUUGAAAAAAAAAAAAAAAAAAAAAUUCUGACUUAUUAAUCAUCUAAGAGAUAUAUAAAAAUGAAAGCAAAAAGAAAAAACAAAAUGUCUUUGAUUCAUCUUGCACGAUUAAAUCGUAAAUUAUAAUAUAUGAUUAUUACUAUACUCUCGGUGUUUUCGUGCGUGCUUCUAAUCGUCCCUAUAGUAGUAAAAGAACCGCGGCCUUUUAACUCGCAAUCGUUUAUGACGCGAAUCGUUGAUAAGCAAAGUUUAAAACAGUAGCCGGUGUUUUGUGUGUGAGUUUUUGUAUACAUAUAAAUAAAGUGUUUCUCUGCUGUUUAGUGCACUGAUGACAGUGAAGGUGAUUAUAUGCAAAAAAUAAAAAAAAAAACCGAUAAUAUAUUAAAUUGUGUGUUGUGUGUCCAUGAGACAAGGAUAUAAUUUCCGAGGAUUACUUAUAUUGAUAUAGUGGAUUUUUACUCUCACAAUUAUCUCAGAUAGGGCACGCUUCGCCUCCUCCUCCGACACCGGUUUCAAUAACACCUACUACAACAAUAUCCACCGCCUGCGGUCAGUCUCUGCAGGAUUCCCCACCUCGGGGUCCCCGCACUUUACUUUUGCGACGUAGCAAAAAUGGCUUCGGAUUUACCCUUCGACACUUUAUCGUCUAUCCGCCUGAGUCCUGUUACAUGUUACCGGGACACGAGCGGACCAAAAUUGACGAGCCGAUGGACACGAUCUUCGUAAAACAGGUGCAUUCAAAUUCGCCAGCAGAAGAAGCAGGCCUCAGGACUGGUGAUCGAGUUGUAGCUGUCGAUGGAAUUCCGACAAGAGGAGAGCAGUACGCGAGUGUUGUUCAACGUAUUAGUCAAGCGAAUCCAUGGCUACGUCUCCUCGUUGUCUCUAAGGACGACGAUAUUUUGCAAAGGUAUUUUGGAGAAACGGCCCACAAUCCGGAGACGAAUCAACGGCCAAGAUUGCGAUCGCCUGAGAGACUAACGCAGAAACAAAAACGAGCGAUCGGCAUGAUUCCAGCGAAUGCGGCACGUGCAAGACAGUCCUGGAUUUGUUCGCCUCCUGGUUCGGAAAAUCAGGGCACUGUCUCACAUUAUGGCUUACGCAAGGAUUCACUUUCCCUAUCCGAGGAUCAAGCAAUCGCGAAUGAAUCCUCCACAGCCUCGGCACCUGCUCUUUUACAAAGAAAAUCACUCGACGAUAGAACACAAAGGAGAGCCUCUCCACCGUCACUCAAUCAAAAGGAGGCUCCCCUUGAUCCAACAUUGCGAUCUAAUAGGUACGAUUUGCACGACAGAACGCGACCUGAAUCAAUAUACUCCCGAACGAGUAGCGAUCGAAUCUAUGAUCGAAUACAGGAUCCAAUCUAUGAGAGAGUUGUGAAUCAAGACACGGGUGCAUUUUCCGAAUCAUUGGAUCGGCAUUGUUUUCCAGUUGUUGCUCGUGCGGAACAACAAGUUAUUGUUCCCAUGAUGAAUCGUAGUGGUAAACGUGUUGUGGCGCGUCGUGCAAGUGAAGGUAGCGGUCCAAUGAGUGAAUCUGAUUUGGCAAUUUAUGGAAGUAUCAAUACAUUUGAUUCACGAUUAAGUAUGGGUUCAUCGCGUAGAGAUUCAUCGCCUGCAAGUAAAGACAGUAGUCUAUCAUCAUUUGAUUCAAAUUCAACACUAACUGGUGGUAAUGAGGGUUUCGAUAAUUCCUAUAUUAUGAAUCGUUUAAAAAAAAGUGUCGAACAAAAAGAAGAAUUUCUCCGUCGACCAAGUCAACCAAUUGGUUAUUUAUCAAGUGAAAAUCCAAGUGUAAUACAACGUGAAUUUUAUGCGAGACCACAAAAAUUACAAAGACAAGUAUGGCCACCUAAUGAAUUUCAUCAACAAAUACAACAGCAACAACAACCACAACAAAUAACACGACAAAGACCAAUUGGAUAUCAUGACGAUAGAUUAAAACCGCUUACUCGUGUAUCUCGUGUACAAAAUUCAAUGGAUUCGGAACUUGAAUACAAUGCAAAUUUACAACAACGUAUUCGUAAUGAACAAAUUGAAUCUAAUCGUGAUCGUUUUUAUGCGAUUCCAUAUGACAAUAAUAGUGCAUCAAAGGAAAAUAAUAUGAUUGCAAAAAAUGGUGAACAAAUGAAAAUGAAUGCAAAUUCAAAUACAUCAACAAGUAGAAAUAGUCCUUCGAAUAAAAAUCCUUUUAUCACAACUUUAACGAGAAUUCAUGAAAAUGUUGCCAGUGCUAUUCAACAAAAUCAGGAUGCAAGAAAUGGAACAUCAUCAUUGCCAUCGUCGCCUGGUCUUGAUAAAAAGGGUAAUGACAAAUUUCCCAUUCCACCGCAGGGAUUGCAAAUUGUUUCGAGGCGAGCAAAACAAUUUGAAUUAGGAAAAUUAAUGAGCGAUGAUGAUGAGCCAACGAGUGAUCGAACGAAUCUUUAUAAAAGUGAAUUAUCACGUUUGUCAAAUAAAAGAAGUGUGCCGAAUGUUGCCGUUAGAAAACGUGAAUUUGAAUCGAAAGCCGAAACACAGGAGCCGAGGCGAUUGACCAGUGGAAGGGAAAGCAAAUCACUUGAUGGAGGUAGUGGAUUAUCCGGAAACAGAAUCAUACCCAUUGGCAGCAAGUACAUCCAUUGUGAACCUCCAACUGGGUAUAGGAACCAUAAAGAACCACCUACGGAAAUGGAACCAGUACGAUUAAGAGCUCGAAGCAACAGCGCCGAUUCAUGGGGUGCCGUGACUGAUCCUUCCGGAAGGAAUGCCAGACAUACUUGGCAAACCGAGUCGGAAGAGAAUUUAGAAGAGAAUUACAACAAAGCAAAAAGACAAGACAGCUAUUUGAAAGCAAUCAGAUCCCAAAACGAUCAUCGACAGAAUGCAGCUUUUAAGAUGAAGUCAUCAGAAUCUGAUAGGACGAAAUUUCCUUUCCCUCCAUUAGCAAUUCCAGAUGUAAUUCCUGAUUUCGAUGUCCCACGAACGACCCCAAUGGUUACUAUAAGUCCACCCACGCCAGUAAGACCAAAUAAAUUGGCAAUUCUUAAUCCUCUACGCCCUCUUGAAAAUCCUGAUGAAUGUUACAAUGGUCACUACAAUGAUUUGAAUCAAUCCACGCAGAACGAUUUGGAUAAUUUCGAUGUCAUGAAAAAUUUAGGUUCGAAUGAAGAUGCGGAUAGUAAUGGGGUUGUCAGACGACAGAAGAAUGCUCAGAUCAGUGAUGAAGAUAGGACAACAAGACGGGUUUCUUACUUGAAAGCUACUUGGGGCGAGCGAAUGCACAUUGAUAGCGAUUUAGAACUUAGUGACACUGAACCAGUUCAAUCAAUUAGAAGUUCUCAUAAACGUUGGCGACCACCAUUAUUUCCAAGCGAUAUUGCGCCACUUCGACGCCUCUUCGAGGAAAUGACACAGGGCGUUUAUUUGCCCUCGCAAAGGCAUCGGAAUAGCAUCCUGGGCUCAGUUGGCUCCAAUAGCGGCAGUGGGACACCCAGAGACGCAGAACCUAUCGAACGAGAAGGAUCUCUUCACGUUAAAUUCACUGUGCUCGAUGGCAAACGAUCUACCGAUCGUUCCUGGAAGCAAGUUUGGGGCGUUCUUCGCGGUCAUAUUCUUUAUUUUUAUAAGGAUCGACACAGUCAAAGCCCAUCUACAAACGGCGAAGGCGAUACAGUACCAAGUGUAGAUACGCGAUGUGCCUUAGUAGAUAUCGCGGACGAUUACACGAAACGAAAACAUGUGCUACGAAUAACGAAUUCCACAGCAGAAGUGCUCUUGCAAACCGAGGAUGCUGCUUCUAUGGCUCUUUGGUUGAGAGCGUUUAAAAUUUUCGCUACCGAGAAACAUACUGAUACAAGCACAAAUACAGUGAAACAGCCAGCCUCACCUCAAACACCGGGACCAACUUCAAAUACAAAUCAAAGUGGUGGACAACGAUUGAGUCCGUUGCCAAGUCAUAAAGGAAUCAGAAAAUUGACAUCGUUUCGAAAUCGUUCACCCACGGGUCAAUCGCCAGUCAGUAAAACACGAAAACCAAGUCAAACUGUUGAAAAUUUACCAUCACCAAAAUCAAAAACUUGGAAAGGAAGAAUGGCGAAACAAUUUAGAAAAAUGCAUGGACAAGCUGGUUCACCAUCAUCACCAACAGCUCAACUUCCUCCCGAAGGAGCGACUUUUAAAGUUCCACUGGAACUUUGUCCGCAGUCCUCAUUCUCGGAGUUUGUGCCUUUGAUCGUAGAAAUUUGUACAAGCAUUGUCGAAGCUCGAGGUCUUGAAGUUAUUGGAAUUUAUAGAGUGCCUGGUAAUACGGCUGCAAUUUCUCAAUUAACAGAAAGUGUAAACAAGGGAAUUGAAAAUAUCAAUCUUCAGGAUUCAAGGUGGACUGACGUCAAUGUGAUAUCAUCUCUGCUCAAGUCUUUUUUCCGGCAACUUCCAGAUUCACUUUUAACGGCUGAACUCUAUCCAAUGUUUAUUGAUGCUGAUAAAAUAAGUGAUCCACAACGAAGAAUGGCGACAAUUCGAAAAUUACUAAGAGAUUUGCCCGAACAUCAUUUUGAGACACUCAAAUAUCUUAUGUAUCAUUUGAAAAAAGUCGUUAAUCAUAGUGAAGCCAAUAAAAUGGAAGCAAAGAAUUUGUCUAUUGUUUUUGGACCAACUUUGGUACGACCUAGUGGCUCAAGGGAUAAUAUGGUAACAAUGGUUACUGAGAUGAAACAUCAAUGUACAAUCGUCGAAAGCUUGUUAAAUAAUGUCGAUUGGUUCUUCUCAGAAGAAGAUUUAGACGAUUUGAGCAGGCUCUCAGUAAAUUUGAGUUUACCAGCGGAUGACAAUGAGAAUGAACUAGCGAAUCACAGUCUCUUAUUAAACAACAUUCAGAAAGUUGAAGGCAUGCGUGAAAUGAUCACAGCUAGGGACAUUGUAUCUUCAAUCAUAUCCGCAGCUAAUAGGAAGAUUCAAAGGAGGAGAAAAGGACACGAGGAACCGGACAAUGAUGAUCAUGAAGAAGAGAAGUUAAAAGGAAAACAGGAGGAAAAUUCACCGACCGUUCGACAGAGUAUGGCUCUCAACGAUCGACAAUGCACCGUCAGUGAAAUUGUUCAAAUGCACGAAAAUAAAGGACGUCCAUCAGAGCGAUUUGAGAACAUCACCACCACCACCGCCAUCACCGCAGGAAAUGGAAGUGGAAACAACAAUAGUCCUCCAAAUAAUACGCAAAAUUCACGGGGAAAAUAUUCAAAAAAUUCAUCAGCUAAUCAAGAACAAGAGCAACAGCAGAUUAUUAAUCCCCAAUCAGAAAUAAAACAACCAUCGUCGAGUGAAGUUUCUUCUGUGAAUUUAGAUACAAUAUCAACAGUUUCAAAUAAUUCAAAUGACACAAAACUAAAUAAUGAUGAGGUCGCUAUUCGUACGUAUACGGGAUUAAGUGCAACGACACAAGAAAGAAUACGAAAAUUCGAACAGGAAACAAUGACAAUGUUACAAAGGGAUCAACAUCGACAGAGGCGCGUUGCCGAAAGAAUUGAAGAAGAACGAAAGAGAAUUGAAAAAGAAUGGCAAAUUGCAAAAUCAGAAAUGGAAAAUGACGAUAUUUUAGAUACAAUUGCCGAUACAACUGUUACGCCGAAUUUUCUCUCGGAUCAUCAUCGAUUAUCAAAUUUAAACGAAAGACUUAAUAAUGUUGAUAGAACGUCAAUUGAUUUAACUGAUUCUCAUGUGAGAUCAAAAUCAAGUACAAGACCAAUUCCUUUAUCAAUUCAACAACCACCGACAGCAAGACAAAAAGCUCAAGCCAGCUCUCAACUCAGUAAUAUUUUAGGCGAGAAAAUGAAUAACGGAGUCAUCAAAAAAUUUAAAACGGAUAAAGAGCAGUCACCGGAUUCUAAUCUUUUGGCACCGACUCGCUAUGGAAGUUUAGACUCGCUGCAUGAGAUUCACGGCUAUUCGUCUUCAUCGCCCUCACAGCAACAUCGAGGACUUCCUGGAGAUAUUUCUGAUGAUGCCGGAUCUUGUUUUCUUCACUGGACUCAGAAGAUUCUCACUAUUAACAAAAAGCUUUCUAGGCAUGCAGCAAGUCCGGGUUUUUGGUGCUACAUAUCGGCCCAUCUACACAGUGCCGCAGGGGCCGCUGCCAGUGGCACCCUCACGAAGACACCGUUCCCAAAAUCAACACCAACAACCUCAAAUCCAUUCACAACAACAACAACAACCAAUUAUCCCACCUCCUUACCAAUCAUCAUCCCAGCAGCAGAAUCAGCAACAACCACAGCAGCAACAACAACAACAACCACCACCUCGACAACACCGUCAUCCAAAUCACAGCGGCCUUCGUCACAGUUACAGUUCCUCCAACCAGGGAUUCCAGAGUCUGGAGACGGUGCAGUCGGGGUAUCCUCCAAGAUUGUAAACCGAAUUCUCAGAGGUAGCGAUCUUUUGACCAGCCUCACAUCAACUUUCGAUCGCAAAUGGAAAUCUCUAGUGAAUCCUGCAAAUCAAUCUCCGUCUUCUGUUGAAACUUCGAGUAUCGCCAAUAUUAAUACUCAAGUCAAAGAAGAAAAACCCAUCAAACGCAAUCCAAUUAGGCAUUCAUCGGAAUAUCGAGAUCCCAGUUUACAUAGAUCGACUGCUGAUAAAGGAAGAUCUCUUCACUCAAAAACCGAUGUUCCCGAGAAAGACUCGGACUCAGGAAUCGUCGAUACAACCGAUUCAAGUGUAACUGACUUGCCGGACAAUGAUCGUCACGUAUCCAAUAAAAAAUCACAGGAAGAUAAAGAAGCAACGUGCAGUACAUUUCUUGACGCAAGCGAAAAAGACGAAUCAUUGAAAUCUUCUUCAAUCAUUGAUCAAUCAUCGCCAAUGAGACAAAAACGCGAUACAGAUUCCACAAUUGAUUCACAAAACAAUCAAUCAUCAACAGAUUCUCCUCAUCACGAUAUUGAACAAUCAAGAACUGAAAAUUCCACAUUAUCAUCAAUUCCAAAAAACGAUGAUCCUUCAUAUACAAAAAAAUUGAAAAAAUUUGAAAGCAUGAGCCAAUCGGAACCACGAUCACGUUUAAAACGUUCCGAAUCAUUAAAUAAACGAACAGAAACAGUGACAUCAAAGCUCAAACGUUCGGAAAGUUUAAAUAAACAUUCAUCCGAUCGACCGCUCACAUCACCAAGUAAUGGAAAAUUAAAACGUUCCGAGAGUCUCAAUAAAAAUUCAGAUCGUUCUAUAUCACCAAACAAUAGUAACAGUAAAUUAAAACGUUCUGAAUCAUUGACAAAGACUGAGAAAACUGAAUCUAAUAUUAGUAAACGAAGACAAUCGGUGAGAAAAGAGAGUGCAACGAAAUUGAAACGAAAAAAUGGAAUGCCCGAGCGUUCAAUAAAACGGCGACACACUGUCGGCGGUACAAAGGACUUUGAUAAAGUACAUUGGCUUGAUAAUAAACUUCAAACUGAAGCGGAGAAAAUAAUACGUAAUGAUAGUAAAACAACGAAGAAAAGUCAGUUACGCACCAGUUCGCCAGAUCUCAGCAGCAAUCGAUUUAAUCUCGUUGACACCAGUUUUCUUAUUGAAGUUAGCUUUCGUGGACCCAGUAACGUCGUGUUUAAUGUUACCAACACCCGUCCCCAAUCGCUCCCCGACGGGAGUCUCACAUCGAAAGUCUACAAAGUGCCCCUAGAAAGUCACGUUUAAUAGAAACAUCAUUUUAGUUCGAUUAAGAAUGAAAUAUUUCAAAAAUGAAAAAUCAAUUCUUUCAAAACGAGCCAAAAAAUAAAAGGACCAAACUGCUGCAAUUUUUUUUUUACUUAGCGACAGAAAUUGGACAUAGGAUAUUAUAAAUUUUUUCAGGUGAGAUCUUUUUUUUCAUUUCUUUUUGUUAAAAAUUAAUGCUGGAAAAUUGAAAAAUUGCGAAAGAGUAUAAAUUUAUUUCUAUUUAAAAAAUAUAUCAAAAUAUUUGAAAUAUAUAUGAUAUCAAAAAAAUAUAUAUAAUAUAUAAGUUUAUUUAAAAGAAAUUUAAGAGAAUACUUAUUUUUUCUCUUUUUUUUUUACUGAUUUAACGAGACGUUUUCUUUUCCAUGAAAACUGAGAAUAUAUAAAUAUUUUUCGUGAAUUUUAUGCAAUUUUGAAAAAUUGCCAUUUUAAGAAUGUGAAUAUUUAUUAAUUUAUUAUUUUUAAAUAAAAA